AUGGAAAGGGUAGUCUUGUGCCUACUACUGUUGACGAGCACUGCAGUGACGGCCAUGAUGUGUCCCACAAGGUGCACGUGCCAGAGCCUGUCUCCAUCCUUCACCAUCCUCUGCACAAAGACGGGGCUUCUCUUUGUUCCUCACACCAUUGACCGGCGAACAGCCGAGCUCCGACUGAUGGACAACUUCAUCACUACGCUCCGGCGGAAGGAUUUUGCCAACAUGACCAACCUGAUUCACUUGACACUGUCCCGAAAUACCAUCAGUCAGAUUAUGCCAUAUGCAUUUUUUGAUCUUAAAGGCCUUCAUGCUUUGCACCUGGAUAGUAAUAGACUCACCUAUAUCAAUGAGGAUCAUUUCAAAGGGUUAUUCAAUUUGCGACACUUAAUUCUCAGUAACAACCAAUUGAACUAUAUUUCUCCUGGAUCUUUGGAUGAUUUCAUCGAUGUGAUUGAGGAUCUAGAUCUGUCUUAUAAUAAUCUUGUUAAUGUUCCUUGGGAAACUGUUGGAAGGCUUUCCAAUGUCAAUACCCUCAGCUUGGAUCAUAACCUCAUAGAUUUUGUACCUGAAGGAAUUUUCUCAAACCUUCACAAACUGGCUCGGUUGGACAUGACAUCCAACAAGCUGAAAAAGAUCCCCCCGGACCCUCUCUUUUCGCGAAUCCCUGUCUAUGCCAAACCAAAGGGAUCUCCCUUGUCCUCUCUGGUGUUGAGUUUUGGUGGGAACCCCCUGCACUGCAAUUGCGAACUUGUGUGGCUGCGACGCCUCACCAGGGAGGAUGACCUGGAGACAUGUGCCUCUCCACCAGAGCUGAUGGGGAAGUACUUCUGGUCCAUCAAAGAGGAGGAGUUCGCCUGUGAGCCUCCAAUGAUCACACACAGAACCCCCAAGCAGGUCGUCAUGGAAGGCCAGAGUGUUUCUUUGAAGUGCAAAGCUGUUGGCGACCCAGAGCCGUACGUUCGGUGGAUUUCCCCUGGUGGGAAGCUGGUAUCCAACACUUCCCGAACAAUUUCCUACGAGAAUGGCACCCUGGACAUUUUGGAGGCCUCUGGAGAGGAAAGGGGCAUAUUUACUUGUAUAGCAUCGAAUGCUGCGGGAGAGUCUACUGCACCGGUUGAACUGAUGGUUAAUCCAUACCCUUAUCUUGCGAACAGCACAGACUGUGAUAAAGAAGCAGAGCCUGGCCCAUCAGACAUCUUGAUCUCAGCCAAGUCUAGUUUCCCCAACGAAACCAAAUCUUUCCCAGAGAGGAAGGUUGUCAUAGCUGAGCUGACUUCCUCCUCUGCUCUCAUCCAGUGGCCUUCCCAGCACCACAUCCCAGGAAUACGAAUGUUCCAGAUCCAGUAUAACAGCUCAGUUGACGAGAUCCUGGUGUACAGGAUGAUUCCAGCGGCCAGCAAAUCCUUCUUCCUGGCUGACCUGAUUGCCGGGCGUGACUAUGACCUUUGUGUUCUGGCUGUCUACGAGGAUGGCGUGACAUCUCUGACAGCAACCACGGUGAUUGGAUGCGUGCAGUUCACCACGGAGGAGGAAUACAGGCAGUGCAGAUCCCUCCAUGCCCAGUUCCUGGGUGGAACGAUGAUCAUCAUUAUUGGAGGCAUCAUUGUGGCCUCCGUUCUCGUGUUCAUCUUCAUCCUCCUGAUGAAAUAUAAAGUUUACGCCAACCAUCACAAAAAUAAAAACACGAAAGUGAACAAUGUCUGUUCUCAGACCAACGGCAGCCAGAGGGGCUCCAUGGCUCAUUCCAGCUCCAGACUUGUGGAGGGUCACAUGAGUCAACAUCAGGAAUGCUCAGGAAUGCCUGUCAAAGGCAAAGCAAUGAGAGACCGAGAGGGUGAAAGAGCAACUCCCACAGACACUGUUGCUUUAAGAAACGAAGCAUUGUUUCAAUAGCCGCCUUACAGGUUAUUGACUGGGAGGUUGUGCAAGACAACUCAUGUGGUUGUAUUUUAUGCUUCACUACUAUUGUCUAUUUUUAAGAUCAGAUAGUUUAAAAAUAUUUUUUUAAUCUGUAAAUGUUCUUGCAUUCUUACCUAUUUUUGUUGCACUAUAUUAAAUAUAAAGUGUGUGAU